GUAAUAUCACAGGCUUCUGGAUCGCAAGCCAUAACCUUUAGUAAAGACACCUGCUCAACUUUAAUAUAAUAAGAUCAACCUUGAUAGUUCAUAAACCAAUUAAUUGUACUAUUUUGAUCCGCCAUUUAUCCUAUUAAAGCUUUAAAUUAACCACAAAUUAUAAAUAAUUAUUGCUUACUGCGAGGUCUAUAUCCGUAGAAGGACUCAGGGACCUUCAUCACGGGGAUAGUCGUGGAAAAUGACCUCGAACAGUUUCAAACCAUCCUUUACGGACAAUAUAGCAGAUCAAAGGACGAUUCACCUGAUCAAUUUUUAUUACUACAAGACUUCCGCAUUUGAUCGAUGCAUACACUUAAUUGAGUAAACUAAAUCUGCGUUCGGCUGUGCGUGUCCGAACGUUGCUGUUAUCUUACCUCCACUUCUACAGCUUAUCGUGCAGUUCGUUCCGAAACGGCGCACCAUAAGGAUCGGAACGGUUCUGCUUUGUGAAGUGAAGAAGUACUGAAGGAGCUUUUUUUAUGGAAGUAAAGCCCAGCUCCCUGCUCCGGUUGAUCAACGGCUACAGUCUCGGUACGAUUCCAUUCCUGUUCGGUGAAAUGAACGAUCGUGACAGGGAGCAUCGCAUUGAUCUUCCCGUUGUGUACCGUCACAACGCAGCGUUACCUCAGGGAGUGGCAAAUGGACACUACCGGAACAACAUCACCCGUGCGAAUCCACCAUUUGGAAGGAGCAAAAGUGAUCUCGAUUUAGCGAGUGGUAAAUUUGAGCUUCAUCCCGAUGGAGCUCCGGAUUCCUCCACCAGCUCCAGUACGGAUGCGUCGUCAUCUUUAUUCGUUCGUUCCGCCCGAAACGCCACGACGGCUGUUCCACCAACUCCUCCACCACUUCCGCCGAAACCGUUAACCAUUACCGGUAUUUACCAGACGGACAGUGGCCGUCGGGUGUCUUCCAUCACUCCUUCGUACGACAUUUCGAAAAGUAUCGCCGAAAGUGCGAUGGACAUUUCGCUCCUGACGGCCAACGCGAAUCAGCUGCGACUGCUCAUAACCUACAACCAAGGUUCCAAGACGUACGUCGCGUGCAUCACGUUCGUUAUCAUGUCGCUGGUACUGCAAAUGAUGGUCGCCAUUACUAUGAUCGUAGUUUCGCUCACCAAACCCCAGCGCGAUGAUCCGAAGCGACAUCGGGUGAAGAUCGUAACGUCGAUCGGGGUAGCGAUCAUUACGAUGAUAAACAUCCUUGUAGCAUCGCUGGUUGUUGCCGAACAACCUCCCAAUGCUAUCGUUGCCUCUUCCGGCAGCGUGGUCGGUCUGCUGACCAAUGUUAAUAUCACCGACGCCGCACUUGGCGGAACGUAGAACACAACAGCACGGAAGAACCACCACACGUCCUUGACGCUGCUAAUCGAUGCUCAGCGCUACGAAGCUGCUGGUUUGUACUAGCGUCAAAUGUUUUUUUCCACUCUUUGUUGCCAAUAAAGUGAAUUUCUGCACUUCAAUUUUAGUUUUGUUGGUGAUAAUCACAUAUAAAAAGAAG